GUAAAAUUAAUAAAUAUUUGUAGGUGGUGGUCCUCCAAACAUGAGAUUCCAUGAAACUGGAUGGACUAACUGUGAGGAAAUAUCCGAAUCAUUGAACAAUGGUAUGACACUGUUCACAUACUGAACCAUUUCAUAGGCAUCAGGUAUGUUGUCUCCCUCCGAUGCAAACUUAUACAGGACCAAGCAUGGUACGGACUUUGCCUUGGUUAUUUCAAAUAGUAAGGAAGCAAACCCUCCUCCUAGUAUUUUCACAGGCUCGCCUUUAGUUUCAUGUUCCACCCAACCUAAUGUCUUCAGUUUACUAGUGUACAAACAUAAUUCAUUCACUACAUAUCGGAAAGGUGAUGUCAUUAUAUGUUUCUUCUCAUGAGCAAAACUACUGGUUAAUAUUACAAUGUCCUUGAUAUUUUCAGACUUGAAUUUAUCCACGACUUCAGUCAGGAAUUGAUUUGCAUACUUAUAAACUAGUGGUGCCCUUAACAGCAGAAUUACCACUUUCCUUUCAGCACACUGGUAAAGUUCACAGCAACUUGAUAUAGAGUCGGACCCAAUCUUAUAAGGGUCGUAUCCCGAUAUGGGAAUAAGUGCAGGACUGUAAAUUAUUCCGAUCUUCGUCAUGUUCAAAGAAGAAAUUAUUAAAUCACAAGCGAGUUGCCCAACAUUACCAACCGCCACACUUGGUAUGACUAGUGUAUAUCCACUAAAAUCACAGUCUGUUAACAUUUUCCAUUGAUUUACUUGAGCCAUUAUUAAUAACACUUGAAUUUUUCCUAGGCCGAGUAAUUUUAACAAAAUUCAAAAUCACGACUUUACCAACAAUCCAAAAUAACCACAACUCAUCUAGAGAGGUUCUGACAGCUACAUAAGUAAACAAUAUUUACUACAACUACAACUAUUAGUAAUACUAAUUCUUUUACAUUUAAACUAGUAUAGAUAGGACAAAAAAAAACUAUUUUAGCUAUGAUAUAACAUUAUGUUUACUGAACAACUGUGACCGGCUCAUAUUUUGGUUUUUAGUAUAAUUACCAUUUUACAAUCAAAAAAAUACUACACAAAUGAGUGGCAGUCACAAGUAGCGUGACAGCAUAGUCGAGUCCUGUCGAGUAUAGAGUAUUUAUGUUCUGUGAUGAUAACACUAUAUUUUCCCCUCUAAGUAAAAGGUCUUCGGAACCAUGUUAAUAUAUGGACCAUGUUAUUAUACAUUAAAUAAAACGACCAUGAACCUGAAUCCAUGCCUUAUUUAUAUGGCAGCACUGAAUUUUCAACCUUUUCUAAACACACCAUUCACAAAUGUGUAGACUGAAAGACUUGUAUCUAUGGUAAAAUAUAAUUUUUUUAAAAAAAAUACUCGUUUCUCUUCUCUACUACAAAAAGGAAAAUUAUUAUUCUCUGUUCACAGACAAACAGACACAUUUCAUACGUCUUUACAACAUUUCCUAUGUAAGCCUUAUUACAUGUUAUUUUUCUGUUUUUGUUGAGAAGUGCCAUUAUUUAAUUGUCCACAUCACUGAUUAUGACCGAAACACAAUUACAGGAUCCACAGUUAGAAAACUUUGUCCUCACAGAAACACAGAAGCAACGCUUUCAAGUUCUCGUUCACGGGCUGACAGACACAUGCUGGGACACAUGCAUGGGCUGGCCCUCUAACAGGCUGGACUCCAAGACAGAGGUGUGCAUUAUGAAUUGUGUGGAAAGGUUCAUUGAUGCUACGACUUUCAUUACAAGACGAUUGAUGAACACAACUAAGUACCGUUCCGACGCACCUCUUGUAUUCCAGUAAAGUAAGCAUACAAUAAUUUACAAAAUGUUUGAAGGAUUUAAGGAUUUUUUGCGCCGUCACAAACGCAAGUUUGUUGUGACUGGUGCUGUGUUUGGAGGAUUAUAUUUAUUAACAAGCUAUGCACAAAGAAAAUUGCGAGACUGGCAGGAGAAGGAAGCAAAACGGUUUUUUGAAAUGACUCGCAAAAAACAACACUUUGAGAGUACUGAACGAACAUGUAACCAAACUAUAUUAUCUCUAUCAAAAAUUGUGACAGAAAGUAUCUUAGGUAUAUUAAAUACAGAAGAAAUAGUGCAAAAACUGCAGGAUAAUCCAGAUAACAAGUUAGCAUUAUGGGAACAAUUGAAGAUUAUGAUAUUCACAAGAAUAUGUGUCCUUGUGUAUGCACUGAGCAUAUUGCAAGUGAUACUACGAGUACAGCUCAACAUAAUUGGUGGUUAUCUGUACAGAGAUUCAGUUCAUGAGGAAGACUCUCUUGUUGAUGGUGAACUGCAAGCAAAGUAUUUGUCUCUGUGUCACCAUUUUGUAGACAGAGGUGUGGAAGACUUGGUGAAACAGAUAGAGACAGCUGUUAAGAAAGUUGUUGAACCUGUAUCCUUGAAGAAAAAGAUGACUUUGCGAGAGGUGGAGCAAAUAUUCUGGUCUAUACAAACUAUAUUGUGUACAGACGCCACAGGCGACCCUGUUAAAAAGAUGGUGCAGUACUUAAUGGGUAAUGCAGAAAUCAGCGGGGCAAAACUAGACACCAUUGUUAAAGAAACAAUGGAUCUUUUAGAAAGUGAUGAAGUCAACUCCAUUACCAUGUCAUCUAUAAGUCGCAGCUUCUCAUCUAUUAUAGAUGAAAUUGCCAACUUAUUUGUAUCUAAAUCUGCACCAACAAGCAAGAAUCAUUUAGAAGUUAAUGUUGAUCAUGUAAUCACGAAUGGGGCAUUGAAACUAGGAGCAACUCCUGACACAUUUGUAGAUGUCAAUAAGGUAGAGUUACAUUUUGUAAAACUGUUACCUGUUAUAAGUGAACUCAUUACUAAGAACACAUGUAAGGGUAACACCAACAUUCCAGACUUAUUGACUCAGCAGCUCACAUUAAGUGACAAAUUGAAACUUCUAGGAGCUAACAUAUAUGAAGUAUUUAGUAGUGCUUAGGCCUAUAUUAUUUAAAUGUGUAAAUGGCUCUUGUAAUGCCUGUAAAUAAGGUCAUAAAUAAUAAUGUCUCAGUCACUAAACACAUCAUUUAUGUUAGGGAGGCAGAAAUAGUGUCACAAUCUGUUAUUGUUUCAUGUCUAGGUAUUUCGGUAGAUAAGCUUUUUUGUAAUUCUUGCAUUUUGGGGACAGUAAUAAAAGUAAUAAUAAAAUAAAA